UCAAUGGCCAGUCCAUAUCAUAACGUCACUAAACGAAUUCAAAAUGUUUACAUCAUAAAGUCAAAUUCUAAAAAAUUCUCAAAAUUCACAGUGAUAUGUAUACUUUCCAUAACAUAUCAAAAAAGGCCCUCAAAAUCAAUAGAUUUUUCAGCACAAGCAGUCGUUUUAGGAACCACUAUGAUACAUUGAAUGUUAAAAGGGACUGUUCAGCCAAGGAAAUUAGAGACUCUUUUAUUAAACUGUCAAAGGAGCAUCAUCCUGAUUUGAACAAAAACCUAAAUGCUCAUGAAAAAUUUUUAGAAAUUAAUGAAGCAUACAAAAUAUUGAGUAAUACCGAAUCCAGAAGAAGUUAUGAUCUAGGAUUGUUACCUUCUGAUGCAAAUAGAAACGUGUAUUAUAGAGAAUGGCCAAGCACUGAUCCUUGGAAAGACCCCAUAUUUUAUCAUAAUCGUAAUAAAUCCAAAAAUACCCAAGGCGACAAUAAUUCUUAUUAUGGAAUCAAAGGAGUGAAAAAAGUCUCCAAUUUUACAAUUGUUAUUAUGUGUUUGAUUAUUGCGACGAUUGGAGUAUCACUACAAUUUCUUGCCAUCAGGAAAUCAUUUACUAUGCAGAGGGAUCAUUUAAUAGAGAAGUCAAGACAAGCGGAAAAUUCUUUGAAAUUGAUUAAAGAUACUGCUGCAUUAAAUGGUAACGAAGUACAACUGGAACUUUUGAAAAUGAGAUUUGCGAAUAGAGGCCGAACAGAAUGAUUGAUACAAAUAUGUUUUUUAGCAAAAUGUACAUAUUUAUGGAAUCAGAUAUAGUACUUCUAUAUAGAUGA